AUGGCGUCGAUCCUCGCCCUCGACAUCGAAGAACUCGCUGCCGCAAUCCGAGAGCGGCGCUUCUCGGCUCUGGAGGUGCUGCGCACGUACCGGGCCCGAGCCGAGGAGAUUCACCAUGCGUGCAAUGCAGUUGCAUACUGGCUACCGGAUGCAGAGCGCGAAGCACGUCAGGCUGAUGAGCACCUGCAGCGCACCGGCGAAGUUUUGGGCCCUUUACAUGGGGUCCCUUUCACUGUGAAGGACCACAUCGCUGUUGCAGGCACCCCUCUUACGGUUGGCACGCUGACGCUGAAAAGGCGCGGACUCAGAAGCGAGCAAGACGAUAACUUGGUUGCCACACUGCGCGCUUUGGGCGCUUUUCCCUUUGCAAAAUCGACAAUGGCGCAACUUGGAAUGUCCAUCGGUGGUGGGAGCCCGGUCCACGGUGACACGCUCAACCCCUGGGACACUCGGCGCACAUGCGGCGGCAGCAGUUCUGGGGAGGGUGCCCUGAUCGGCGGUGGGGCAUCUCCGUUCGGUAUCGGUUCUGACGUGGGCGGGUCGGUGCGAAUACCGUCAGCCUACUGCGGAAUAUCCGCACUGAAGCCCACCGUAGGCCGCCUUUCAAUCGACUUUGUCCGCGGUGGAGAGUACUUCACGCCCAUCGUUCUCGGGCUCAUGGCCAGAUCCGCAAAGGAUCUGGCGAUGUUGCACUCCCUGCUCUUGUCCGAUAUUCGGUUGUGCAAGGCCCCUCGAUUGGUGCCACUUUCCUUCGACAGUCUCGAGUUCCUGUCCAAGAGGAAGCUGCGAAUCGGCCACUUCUCGGAGGAGUUCACAUUUCCGCGGCCGUGCCCUGCUGUGCGUCGAGCGCUGCGGGAGGCGGCCCUGGCAUUCGAGGGGCUCGGCCACGAAGUCGUGCCUUUCGCGCCCCACAGUGGCGGCAUUGUGACAAGAGACAUGUACUGGGACCUCAACACAUCUUUCUACAUCUCUGCCGGUCCGUAUGAGGACUCCCCGAGUUCGGAAAGCAAUCCGAGAGAGGGGAGAAACCACGAUCACAUCCGGAGGCUGGUGAUGCCUUCGUGGACCGAUGAUGAUGAGCCCGUACAUCCUGAUGCAGCUGCGAGUGCUACAGGACCUUAUGAGAAAUGGUCCAGUGUGGACAUACAGCACGCGGGGGCUCUGCGAGGCAGUUGCCUGGGCUAUGAGCGAAUCAUGCACAGACGCGACGUUCUACGAGACAGGUUUUAUGAGGCCUGGCAGAAGGCCCGUUUGGACGUGCUGGUAUGCCCGGUGUAUCCUACUCCUGCUCCGCAUGUUGAGGAGGUCAGAAACACGGUGCAGACAACGAUCUCAACGCGAAUCUUCAAUGUGCUAGACAUGCCUGCUGGUGCUGUCACUGUGACAACAGUCCAAGACGCGGACUUGAAGGAACCAUAUGAUGCAGGCAUCGAGAAUCCUCACAUUUCCAGGAUGGUGACCCGUGCGGUGCAAGAUUCCCUUGGACUACCAGUUGCUCUGCAAUUGGUGGCGCUGCCUUGGAGGGAGGAGCUUUGCCUUCGUGCCAUGUGCGAGCUGGAGCGAGUCAUGCCGGUGCAAGGCUCCUUUCAUUCGCUGCGGCCAGUGCCGAGGCGGAGCCCGACCUUGGGGGCAGCGCCUGAGAUGCUUUCAAAAUCAAGGCUUUAA